AUGUCAACAGUUUCAUUUGGCAACAUGUUGACAGCAACAACACCGACUACGUUCUCAACAAAGAGACCUUCAACAUUCACCAUAGAUUCACUCCUUGAUGACAAAUCAACGAAAAAACUUUCAACGUCAUCAAUCAACACAACCCCAAAAAACAACAACAACGACAACAACAUCAACAACAAUGACAACAUCAACUGGGGCGGCCAAAACAAUUUCAUCAACAACAAUUUAAAAAUGUGCAACAAACCAAACAACAACAUCAGAACCAACAUCAGCAACAAUAAUUUCAACACUUUUGCAUCAAUAACCACGUCAAUACAGCAAGAUUGCAACAACAACAACAUCAAUUUCAACAACAACAAAACCCACCGUCACAUCAACAAAUUUAAAAUUCAAAAUUUUCCUUUUGCGCCGAAUAGCUUCCCAGAUUCCGAAAUGAAAAAAUACCUCGAACACUUUAGCAGUUUGAAAUUUUUCUGCAACAACAACAACAUCAACAACAACACCGUCAACACUAUCAAAAUUAAUAAUAGCAUUAACAACAUCAAAAACAACAACGUCAGUAUAAACACUGACAACCUAGAAGAGAACGAGAACAAGUCACUGGACAAGAAAACUAACAAGCCCACAUUUGAUCAUCCGCUCGAUGUGGCCUUCAGAUCUCAACUGACCAAAAAGUUGGCAAGUACAGAAGCUGAUAUUGAUUCAGACGACGAUGGUGACAAUUUCAAAGUAAAAAUAAAAUUCGAACACUCACCCAACUACACAAAUGUCACCUCAAACAACAACGAAAAUGACACCAACAAAAGGAGCAGCAUUAAGAACAGUAGUCAGCAUAGCAACAUCAACAUUCUGAGUCACAAUGAUGUUAAGCACAGUGACGUCCGUAUUGAUGCUAUCAAUAGCGCUGCUUCUACUGCAAACAAUGUUAAAAACAGCAACAUAAAAGACAUUAACGUGAACUGUAGGAUUGUUAGCAACAACAACAACAACAAUGAUAAAAAUUCCAAUAUUAGUUUUUGUAACUCUUUGCAAAUAUCUCCAAAAACAAGAGAACUAAAUAUCGAGUGUGAACAACAACAUCAACAACAACAACAUCAACAACGACCACAACACAACAAUCUAUUACUUAAUAUUACCACUAUGAAACAUGAACAUCUGCAUCUGAAAAACCAUCAACAACAACAACAUCAACAACAACAUCAACAACAACAGCAGCAGAAUCCACAUAACAACAACAUCAACAACAACUUGUUUCGCAUUCAUCCUAACAAAUUUUUUCCGCCAUUUCUAACGCCCAGUAACAUCAGUAACAAUAGUAACAACAACAAUAACAACAACAACAUCAACAACAACAGCAUUACCAAGACAAUAACUACUACUAUUACUGCUACUGCUACUACUCCUGCUGCUGCUUUUACUACUUCUACUACUACAAUCGUUACUACCACUACUACUACUACUGUUGCUAUUGCUGCUGCUACUACAAAUGGGCGAAAUAAAUAUUCAAUGAAAUAA